AAAGCCGCUAGUCAUUGCUAGCAUUGUCGUCGAGUGUGAAGCAGCUUUUUAAUUACGCAUAUUUUUUUCAUUUUUAAUUUUGCAAAAAUGCCUAAAGAAUCUCCCCCGAAGCCGAAAACCUUAUUAAUCGAAAGGUGUAUAAGGGGCCAACCAUAUGUCUCGCGCUAUGGCCAAGAAGUUGAGGCUAGACUCCUGGUAACGUACAAGAGGGGACAUGCCAUUGACACUCCUGAAGAAAACUUCGAGUCGGAGAUUCUUUCGGGAAGCAAUCGUUGCAGCAAGUGCCUUCUACCCUCAUAUAUGUGCUGUAACUUUGAGAAGAAAGUCAAGAAGGAAAGGUUUGAGGCCGCCAAUCCGAAGCCAAAGGAUGUGAAUGCUCAGGCAGAUGUGGAGAAGAAAGAAGGAGAGCUUCAGGAAGAGAAAAACCUUAAGGGGGGAGAAGCAGAGCUAGAAGGAAAAGGAGUAGAAGCAAUGGAAGAAGCAAAGGAAGGAGUAGCAGAGGGAGAAUUACAUGACGAAGCAAAGAUGGAAUCAAGAGAGGAAGCAAAGGAGGAGCCAAAAAAGGAAGCAAAGGAGAAGGCAAGGAAGAGAGCAAUAGAGAAGGCAAAGAAGAAUACAAAGAAGGAAACAAAGGAGGAAAAGGAGGCAAUGAAGAAUGCAAUAAAGGAAGCUAAGGAGAAGGCAAAGGAGGCAAAGAUGAAUGCUAUGAAGGAAGCAAAGGAGAAGGCAAAGGAGGCAAAGAUGAAUGCAAAGAAGGAAGCACAGGAAGCAAGGGAGGCAAAGAAGAAUGCACAGAAGGAAGCAAAGGAAGCAAGGGAGGCAGAGAAGAUUGCAAUGAAGAAAGCAAAGGAGAAGGCAAGAGAGGAAGCCAAGGAGGCAAAGAAGAAUGCAAAGGAAAAGGCAAAAGAAGAAGCAAGGGGGGCAAAGAAGAAUGCACAGAAGAAUACAAAGAAGCAUGCAUAGAAGGAUGUAAAGGGUGAAUGAGAAGCAAAGAAA